AUGCGCGUGUGGUGGGGCCGACGGGCGCUCAGCAUGCGCGUGUGCUGGCUGGCUGCGGUGUUCGCUAUGCUGGCGCUACGAUCCGCGGCCGAGCCCGCAUCGCGCCGCUUCCCCGCCGAGUGGCGAGGCAGCCGCGAGCUCGCGCGUCCUCUACAGGAUCUCUUCGAACCGGAGACGCCCACGAUCACGCUACACAAGGAACGCCGUCGCAUGCGCAACAACAAACGCACCCCGCAUAUACCAUCAGAAAUCGCCAGUCAAAUGAUGCUGAGAGCGUCGCGGUCUAGCCGCCCUUAUGACGUACCACAGAUUGAAUGUCCGCCAGCAGCUGAUGGUAUGGAAAGAUUCGCAUGUCCGACACCAGACCGUCAAGGACGCUACCGCUGUAUAGAUGACCACGUUCUUUGCGAUGGCUUCAUCGAUUGUCCAAACGGCGAAGACGAAGACCGACAGGCCUGCAUGUUUUAUAAAACAACAAAGGCCCAUCUCGACGUGUUAGCAGAUGCCCUCUUACGGUGGGCACGCGGACGUUAA